GCUAGCAAUUGAGAAGUGCAAAUGAAGAGUUGUGUUGGGAUUGACAUACCGAAAAAAAUCUGUUAGCGAUUAGUUAAGAGGUUUAAAGUUCUACCGAGUGUAAAAUUUAUACAUCUGUUUAUCAGUUUACUGUGUACCCAAGUGUGUAACAAUACAAUACAAAUCAGUAAAAUUAUUUAAAUUGAUUAGCAGCGGUGUAUAAGGGUGGCAGUUUUAUCAGCAGGAUAACAUGAAUUAACAGCGUGCAAUAAGAAUUGCAAGACGAAAUCUUGACCAAGUCCAUACCGUUGAAAUUGGAAGAGAAAUCAUCUUUAUUGGGAAAUACGCAUAUUACCGGCGAGUGUUAAUCUAACUUUAUAUUGUUGUCAGACAAGAAUCAACUGAACUAACAAGGACGAAAGCUCUGUAAACAAAAAUUUAGAAACAUUCGGAGCCAAAAAUACCCGGAGGCAUCCAGGCCAGAAUUUGAAUUUUGUUAAAAAGGUUUUGGUUCAUAACGUGUACGAACGAGAAAAACAUUUAAGAAAAGAACGUAACUAUCAACUAUACAAUAUGAAUGAACUAGAUAGUCUAAGACAAGAAGCUGAGUCAUUAAAGAAUGCCAUUCGAGAUGCACGAAAGGCAGCGUGCGAUACGUCUCUGUUGCAGGCUGCCGCUUUGCUAGAACCUAUUGGACGUAUACAAAUGCGCACUCGACGUACCCUGCGCGGUCAUCUAGCUAAAAUUUAUGCUAUGCAUUGGGGUAAUGACUCCAGAAACCUAGUAUCAGCUUCACAAGAUGGGAAACUAAUCGUAUGGGACUCGCACACUACGAACAAAGUACAUGCUAUACCGCUGCGAUCUUCGUGGGUGAUGACCUGCGCAUACGCUCCAUCAGGAAGCUACGUCGCUUGCGGUGGGCUCGACAACAUGUGUUCAAUCUAUAACUUAAAGACACGCGAAGGUAAUGUGCGUGUGUCUCGUGAGCUACCAGGACAUGGGGGAUAUCUAUCAUGCUGCCGUUUUCUGGACGAUAAUCAAAUUGUGACAAGCUCAGGUGAUAUGUCAUGCGGCCUAUGGGACAUCGAAACCGGUUUGCAGGUUACUUCUUUUCUGGGGCAUACUGGUGAUGUGAUGGCUCUUUCCCUGGCACCGCAAUGCAAAACUUUUGUGUCGGGUGCAUGUGACGCAUCUGCAAAGCUAUGGGAUAUAAGAGAAGGUGUUUGUAAGCAAACUUUCCCUGGACAUGAAUCUGAUAUCAAUGCAGUCACUUUCUUUCCUAACGGACAAGCCUUCGCGACAGGCUCUGACGACGCAACCUGUCGGCUUUUUGACAUACGUGCAGAUCAGGAAUUGGCAAUGUAUUCGCAUGACAACAUAAUUUGUGGUAUCACCUCCGUUGCGUUCUCAAAAAGUGGCCGCCUGCUAUUAGCAGGAUACGACGAUUUUAAUUGUAAUGUAUGGGAUACAAUGAAAGCAGAACGCUCAGGUAUUCUGGCUGGGCAUGAUAAUCGUGUUUCAUGUUUGGGGGUCACUGAAAAUGGUAUGGCAGUAGCAACAGGAUCGUGGGACUCAUUCUUGCGCGUAUGGAAUUAAAUGUGCACAACGCGUAUUAAUGGGUAGGGUAGGGUCAACGUGGCGGUUGCGAGCAUUCCGCGUUUAGCAUCACCGACAAUAACAGCAGCAACAAAUACAACAUCUCAAAUUCAAAUGAACAUAAAUACAUAUUUCGAACCAAAAACAAUUUUGUGCGCUGUUGUCAGUGGCUAAAUGUUACUGUUAUUAGGUGAAAGUGCUUACGCAGUGAGUAAGCAACCGAGAUAAUUAGAAAGGGAAAGGGUGUUGGCUGCGACGUAGACCAUAGCAAAAACAAGAACUUUAUAUACAAAUUAUUUAUAUUGCUAUAUACUUAUUAUACUUAUACAAAACCAAA